UGCGCCUGCGACGCCAUGGCCAGGCUGACGGGCACCCGGCCCGUGGCCACCCGCCGCUGGGGCUGUGCCGCCGCCUUCCUCCUCCUCCUCUUCACCGUGCAAGCCGCCCAAAAAGCCGACUUUAGCGGGGACUCCACGGCGGCCACCAUCAACCACUCGCUGACGCUGCUGCAGCGGCUGCAGGAGCUGCUGCAGAACGGCAACGGCAGCGACUCGGUGCUGCGGGUCCGCUCGGCCGCCUCCGACGAGCCCAAGGUGUUCCACACGCACCAGCUGCUGCUGAGCCUGCAGAGCGAGGUCUUCGAGAGCCUCCUGCACAACCAGAGCGUCGUGACCCUGUACGAGCCACCCGAGACCGCCGCGCUCUUCGAGAAGUUCAUCAGGUACCUGUACUGUGGGGGGGUCUCCAUCCUGCUGCACCAGGCCAUCCCCAUGCACCAGCUGGCCAGCAAAUACCGGGUCUGGGGGCUGCAGCGCGGAGUGGCUGAAUACAUGAGGACCCACCUGGCCAGCGAGUCGAGCCAGGGCCACGUUGUGGGCUGGUACCACUACGCCGUGCGCGUCGGGGACGCGGCGCUGCAGGAGAGCUGCCUCCAGUUCCUGGCCUGGAACCUGUCCGCGGUGCUGGGCAGUGCCGAGUGGGGCUCGGUGAGCGUGGAGCUGCUGCUGCUGCUGCUGGAGCGUUCCGACCUGGUGCUGCACAGCGAGCUGGAGCUCUACACCGCCGUGGAGGGCUGGCUGAGCCGCCGGCAGCCCGAGGCGCCCGUGGCCGAGCGGGUGCUGCGCGCCAUCCGCUACCCCAUGAUCGCGCCCAGCCAGCUGUUCCGGCUGCAGGCGCAGUCAGCGGUGCUGGCGCGGCACCGUGCCGCUGUGCAGGACCUGCUCUUCCAGGCUUUCCAGUUCCACGCUGCCUCCCCGCUCCACUUCGCCAAGUACUUUGACGUCAACUGCAGCAUGUUCCUGCCCCGCAACUACCUCGCGCCCAGCUGGGGCUCCCAGUGGGUCAUCACCAACCCGGCGCGGGACGACCGCAGCACCAGCUUCCAGACCCAGCUGGGGCCCAGCAGCCACGACGCCGGCAAGAAGGUGACCUGGAACGUGCUGUUCUCGCCGCGCUGGCUGCCCGUCAGCCUGCGCCCCGUGUACUCGGACGCGGUGGCGGGCGCCAUCCAGCCCGUGCGCAUCGAGGACGGGCGCCCGCGCCUCGUCAUCACCCCGGCCAUGAGCAGCCCCGACUUUGCUGGCGUCAGCUUCCAGAAGACCGUGCUGGUGGGCGUGCGGCAGCAGGGCCGCGUGCUGGUCAAACACGCCUACAGCUUCCACCAGAGCUCGGAUGAGGCAGCCGACUUUCUAGUGCACGCCGACCUGCAGAAACGCACCUCCGAGUACCUCAUCGACAACUCUCUGCACCUGCACAUCAUCAUCAAGCCUGUCUACCACUCCCUCAUCAAGGUGAAGAAGUAA